AUGAAUGUUACCUCAAGAGAAUUAGAAAAGGAUUAUAAGAUAAUCCCAGCAGAUAAAAAUAAUAAUAUUGUAACUAAUAUUAUUUCUGAUGAAUUGAAAUUAGAUAAGGAUUCUAAAAAUAUCUCAGAAGAUAAAAAUAAUAAUAUCCUAGAAAAUAAAAAUAAUAAUAUCCCAGAAAAUAAAAAUAAUAAUAUCCCAGAAGAUAAAAAUAAUAAUAAAAAUAAUAAUAUCCUAGAAGAUAAAAAUAAUAAUAUCCUAGAAAAUAAAAAUAAUAAUGACACAGAAGAUAAAAAUAUAGUAACUAAUAUUAUUUCUGAUAGAGCGUUUCCCAAUUUUCCAAAUGAAUUGAGUUUUAUAGUUUUAUCACAUCUAAACCAACAAAACCGAAUAAAACUUUCUCGAGUAUCUAAAGCUUUUCGUAAUUUAACUUAUGAAUCAAUUUUAUGGCGUGAAGCUAUAAUUUAUAAUACAAGAGGAUUUGGAGAUAAUGCUCUACAAAUCUUAAAAGAUGUACGUUAUUUAGAUGCAAGAGCGAGUAAAUUAGAUGAUGGUUUUAUUAGAAAAUUGGUUUCGAGAUCUCCUGGAAAAUCUUUAAGAGUUUUAGAUCUCUCGGUAAAUGAAAUUACUGAUAAAGCCAUGGUUGAAAUAGGUCACAAUUGUCAAAAUCUCCAAAAACUUUAUCUAGAAGGAUGUAGAAAUCUUACCGAAGUUCAACCUCUAAGAUUUCUUUCACCCCAUCUUACCACCUUAAUUCUUUCUCAUUGUAGUGAAUUAUCAGAUGAAUCAAUUGAAGAAUUAUUUAAAUAUCUUGGGCCCAACCUAAUAAAUUUGGAUUUGGAUGGGUGUCAUCGAAUAACUAAUUACGGUAUAUAUAAAAUUUCCGAACAUUUAAAUAAUUUAAAAUAUUUAGCAAUUGAUGGACAAGGAAUCGAGGACAAUUCACUUUUAGAGAUAUUUAAGAAAUGUAGAUUUUUGAAUUUAUUUUCAAUGUCAUUUUGUGAUGUCUUGACUGAUAAUAGUUUAGAAGGGAUUAUACGGUAUUUGACACCAAAUUUACGAUUCUUAAGAUUGAGGAAAGGGAGCGAAUUUACUGAAGAAGGAUUCAAUAGAUUUUUCCAUGGUUUGUCAUUACGAAACCAUUCAUUUUAUUCACUUGAUAUGUCUGAAUGUUUAAAUAUCACAGAAAGUAAUCUUAAUCAAAUGUCACAUUCAAAACUUCGUUGGUUAAACUUGGAUUGGUGUUGGAAAUUGAAAGAAGAGAGUUUAUAUAGAAUCUUAACAUUAUAUCCAGAAUUACAAGAGAUAAUGAUGACAGGAUGUAAUGAAAUAACUUGUGAAAGAUUGCUUGACAUGAAAUUUCCAAAACUAAAAGUAUUAAACCUAUUAUCUUGCAGAAAUGUUGAAUCAGAUAUAAUAAAAAAAAUUUGUGAAUUGAAUAAAGGGUUAUAUAUAAUUGGUUAUUAUGGAGAAGUCUAUAAAGAUGGAAUUCAAAUUGGAUAUAAUGAAGAAAUUUAUAUAGAAAGAGAAGAAAUUGAAUUGAUGGUUGGUGGAAGAGAAAAACGGUGGGGAAUAUUAAAUAUUGGAAAUUGGUUGAGAUUCUAUAGAGGAUAUUCAAUUUAA